AUGGCUUUGGUAUCUGGCCCAGGCAGGGCUGGAGGUAGUACCUCGCUAGAUCAAGAACUGCACAUUCUGAAGCAUGUCGCUUACAUCAAGAACCUAGACACUAGGAAAGAUGAGUUGGAGUACUGGCUGACCGAGCACCUACGACUUAAUGGGGUCUACUGGGGUUUGACGGCUCUCCAUCUACUCGGUCAUCCCGAUGCUUUGCCCCGGGAUGAAACCAUUGACUUCGUACUCUCUUGUCAAAGGGACAACGGAGGAUUUGGUGCCGCCCCAGGCCACGACGCUCACAUGCUCUAUACCGUAUCUGCUGUCCAAAUUUUGGUCAUGAUUGAUGCAGUGGAUGAGCUGGAGAAACAAGGUCGUGGAGGCAAACAGAAAGUGGGCUCUUUCAUCGCGAGUCUACAAAACCGCGAAGAUGGCUCUUUCAUGGGAGAUCAAUGGGGUGAGACCGAUACUCGGUUCCUUUACGGCGCAUUCAAUGCACUGUCACUUUUAGGUCUGAUGGAUCUAGUCGAUGUCCCCAAGGCCGUCGCCUACAUCCAAAGCUGCGAGAAUUUGGAUGGUGCUUAUGGUCUUUUUCCUGGCGCUGAGUCUCAUUCCGGCCAGGUUUUCACCUGCCUCGGCGCCCUUUCAAUUGCUGGCCGCUUAGAUCUUGUGAAUAUAGAUCGUAUCGGUGCCUGGCUUAGUGAGCGCCAAAUUGACAAGGGUGGCUUUAACGGGCGGCCUGAAAAGCUGCCAGACUCUUGCUACACCUGGUGGGUUGGAUCAAGUUUAGCUAUGAUUGAUCGACUCCAGUGGAUUGAUGGAAAGAAGCUUGCUGGGUUUGUCUUGCAAUGUCAGGACUCUGAAGGUGGUGGCUUAGCUGACCGACCUGGGAACAUGGUUGAUGUUUACCAUACUCACUUUGGCCUGGCGGGCUUGAGUCUUCUUGGUGUUGAAGGUCUGCAAGAGAUUGAUCCAGUAUACUGUUUACCUAAAUCCGUGAUUAGUCGCGUUUUCGCAAAAUCUUGA